AGUUUCUCCUCUACUCUAUGUUCCGGUCCAUCUCUAGGCUGCACGCGCUACGACAAGUUGGAACAGCGAGAGGCUUUCAGACGAGCAAGAUCAUCCUUGCGAACGCGCCGUCACAGGUAGCAUCAACGUCAAAUACACAAGAUCCGCCAAUAGUGCAAUAUGUUAAGAGAAAGGUCGAGGAACGGCACAAGUUGCAGUCUGAACUUUCGCAAGACGCGCUAUCCGCGGAGGACAUCAGUCGCGUCCGAAAGAUCAGAGAGCUAGAACCGUUGCAGAAUGCCUGGAUGGAAUGGAACAAAACCAAACAGGCUCUAGAGGAAACUGGAGACCUACUCAAAACCGAGGACCCGGAUAUGCGAAGUAUGGCAGAGGAGGACUACGCCAUGCUGUCCGACAGCCUUAACACCCUGGUCGAAACUACGUUCCCAUCACUCCUCGUCCACACCUCCGAAACCGCACACCUCUCCGCCAUCAUUGAGCUCCGAGCAGGCGUCGGCGGCUCGGAGUCUGCACUCUUCACGGCGGACCUUGUGCGAAUGUAUACCCGCGCUGCACAGGCAAAUGGGUGGGACGUCAGCAUGAUCAGCAGCAACAACUUGGAGGCUGGGGGGACCAAGGAUGCGAUCAUGGAGAUCAAGGGAAAGGGCGUAUAUGACGCAUUGCAGUUCGAGAGCGGCGUGCAUCGAGUGCAGCGAGUACCUGCGACAGAGGCAAAAGGCCGGGUGCACACGAGCACGGUUGGGGUCAUGGUGCUCCCGCUGACUGAAGAAGCCGAGUCAAGCUCUGCGGAGGACGACUUGUUCAGUAUGGCAGACAUCAAGCUGGAAGUGAUGCGAGCGAGAGGCGCCGGCGGCCAGCACGUUAACAAAACAGAAUCUGCUGUCCGGUUGACACAUAUACCGACGGGUAUCAGCGUAUCAAUGCAAGACGAACGCAGCCAGCACCAGAAUCGACGGCGAGCCUUUCAAAUCCUCAGGGCACGUCUUAUGGACCGCAAGCUCAAUCAGGAGAUGCUCGACCGACGAGCUCUCCGGCGGAACCUCGUCCGCAGUGCAGACCGGAGCGAGAAAAUCCGGACAUAUAACUACGCUCAGGACCGAGUGACUGACCACAGGAUAGGCAUGUCUGUCAAUAACCUUUCUAUGGUUAUGGAGGGCGACGGGCUGCAGGAUUUUAUCAGUGCCCUGCAGCAACGCCAUCAAGAAGAGCUGUUGGAGGAAGCUAUGUCCGAGUAGCCUCCGUGUUGAUAUGUCGCACGACAUGCUCGUACAGAUAUUUUAUGUAUUCACGGUACCGUGUGUGUAUCUAAUCUCCUCCUCCAAGAGCAACCACCUACGUCUUGAAACACUAUCCUAUCCUAUUCCCGUCACAUUGAAAUAUUAUGUCU